GGCCCUGGAGGUUCAGGCCCGCGGUUUAGUGUUCCUUUCCGGUCUCUGGAUCUUCUCCUGGGUAGAGGUGACCACGAGGGACUGGGGCGCCCGGGCUCGAUUUCCAGCCGUUCCAUUGACAUGCUAUGUGACCUUGGGCUAGGCAGUGUUCCCUUUCUGGGCCUCAGUUUCCACAUCUGUGAGAUGGGGUGGUUGCGCUCACUGAGGACUAGGAAGCCAGAAGGAGAUCUCUUCCACGGUGCAGGGCUGAGAUGGAUCCGCUCAGGGCCCAGCAGUUGGCUGCGGAGCUGGAGGUAGAGAUGAUGGCUGAUAUGUACAACAGAAUGACCAGUGCCUGCCACCGGAAGUGCGUGCCUCCCCACUACAAGGAAGCAGAACUGUCCAAGGGCGAGUCUGUGUGCCUGGACCGCUGUGUCUCCAAGUACCUCGACAUCCAUGAGCGGAUGGGCAAGAAGUUGACAGAGUUGUCUAUGCAGGAUGAAGAGCUGAUGAAGAGGGUGCAGCAGAGCUCUGGGCCCGUGUGAGGCCCCAGACAGUAUACACCCCAAGGUGUGCCCUGCCCCUUCCCACUUGUCUAAUAAAAGUGCCCCCAUUGGGUGUCAUCUGUGAAGACUGCUGGGCCUCGGCUCCCUCGGGAGAGCCUCCAGGAGCCCAGAAUAUGGUAGAGCUACUUUCCUGGUUGAAGAAGGGGUAUUUGUCCCACUGCGAUGUGCCUGUGUAUGUACAUGUAUGUGUGUGUGUAUAUAUAUAUAUAUUAAAACAGGUUUCUUGAUGCCUA